AUGGCAGAAAGCCUGGGCCCUCUUAGGCCUGGGCCUGCCUCAGGGCCAUUCAUUGAUAGCUUUCACUGCUUUCAACCGAAGAUGGAGGGAGCCUUCACAUGCUGGUUGACAAUCAGUGAUGCCUGCCAUCUCAACUAUGACUUCUGGCUUGUCUAUGUGCUUGGAAACAAGGCCCUGGUCAUUGACACAUUCCAGGACUCCUUUCAGCUGCCCAAGGUGAUGGAUUCUGACCACUGUCGUGGUGCAGCCCUGAGUGUGUCCUUUUUACCCACAAAACAGAGUCCAUCCAUAUGUACCUGAUUCCUCCCAGAGUUUUCAAGUUCCAAGCUCAAGAUCCUUCAGUUCCUAGUUCAUCUUAAACGAGAUAUUGUGCUCUGUCCGUCAUCACUACAGUGCAACACUCAAACCUGAGUACAGACCAAAAGAAAGCCCAGGUAUACUCAAUCAGGUCUCAGCCAAGGCUCCAAUAGAGGCUGGGAGAACCCUAUAAGCUACUUCCAGCCCUCUUCUAGACAUCUCCAAGCCUCUCCAGUCUUGGAAAUUCUUAUUGUAGAAGUGCAGGCCAAUACCUCAGAGGUCAAGGGAAAGGAAGUGAGGAUCUUGUGCUCAAAAUCUCUGCUUGCUCAUACCCCUCUGUGGGGCUAUAGGGAGCGAUGUGUGAUGCAGACUGUAGAAAAAUUAAGACUCAACCUAGACUGCAAUUUCCACAUUUGUGUCAGCCUCCAGGGUCCUCCCACUCACGGACUCCUCUUAUACAGCUUCUUCUUUUGGAGCAGACUCAGCUGA